CUGAUUCGAGUCUGUCUUUGUGAGUGAAAAGCAGUCCAAAUGGCUCAACAGGGAGUUCUGCUUGACCAGGAUCAGUUCUGUUGUUCGGUCUGUCUGGAUCUAAAGGAGCCGGUAACUACAGGCUGUGGACACAGUUACUGUAGGAGCUGUAUUGAGGGCUGCUGGGAUCAGGAUGACCAGAGGGGCGUCUACAGCUGCCCCCAGUGCAGACAGACCUUCACUCCAAGACCUGCUCUGAGAAAAAAUGGCAUGUUGGCUGAGGUUGUGGAGAAACUGAAGCAGACCGGACCCCAGGCUGCGCUACCUGUUUUGUGCUAUGCUGGACCUGGAGAUGUGGCGUGUGAUUUCUGCACUGGGACCAGAAAGCAGAAAUCCCUCAUGUCCUGUCUGGUGUGUUUGGUGUCUUACUGUGAGACUCACCUCCAACCUCACUAUGAUAUUCCUGGCCUAAAGAAGCACACGCUGGUCAAAGCCACUGCGCAACUACAGGAAAAGAUCUGCUCUCAUCAUGACAAACUGCUGGAGGUUUACUGUCGUACCGACCAGAAGUGUAUCUGUGUGCUGUGUAUGGAUGAACAUAAAGGCCAUUAUACACUGUCAGUAGCAGCAGAGAGGACUGAGAAACAGACACAGCUGGGGAUGAGUCAGCAGAAAGCAGAGAGUCCAGAGGAGAGAGAAGGAGUUGAAGGAGCUCCAACAGGCUGUGGAGUCUCUCAAGCGCUCUGCACAGGAAAGGAAGCUGCAGAGGACAAUGAGAGGAUCUUUACAGAGCUGAUCCGCUCCCUGGAGAAACUGCACACCGAGGCGAAGGAGCUGAUAAAAGCCCAGGCGAAAGCUCAAGUGAGUCGUGCUGAAGGACUCCUGGAGCAACUGGAGCAGGAGAUAGCUGAGCUAAAGAGGAAAGACACUGAGCUGGAGCAGCUCUCACACACAGAGGAUCACAUCCAUUUCCUCCAACAUGCCCUUGCUCGGUCGCACACUUCCCGUAACAAGGCAAGGGCGGCAAGCCCAGGGGCCAUAGGCUAUCAAACACCUAAGAAUCCUCCGGAAAAAGCUGAAUCUUACUCCGAUCCUAGUGUAUCUUCUUCAGACUUACCCGCUAUGGUUGCUAGUCCUCAUCAGUACUUUGGAGACGUGAGCGAGGCUGUGUCUGAGCUGAGGGAGAAACUACAAGGCUUCCUUAAAGAACAACGGACCAAGAUCUCCAGCGCAGUGAAUACAGUGGAUGUUCUAUUACCUCCUGAGCCCAAGACCAGAGAACAGUUCUUACCAUAUUCCUGUCAGCUGACUCUGGACCCAAACACAGCACAUUCUUCACCCCCAGAAACCUCCUUUUACUCUCUGUUCUAGACAACCAAUCCUUAUUGCUUUUAGCCGCACCCUUAUUCUACUCCUCCUAUGUUCCUCUGGCGAUGUAGAGGUGAAUCCAGGCCCUGCAGU